AAGAAGACGUCAGUACGUAGAGCGGUGAAAAGCAGAGCUCCGUCUCUUCCCCCUCAUUCGACCUGCGGCUCAGCUCAUCAGCUAUUUGCGAACCACGAGUGAAAAGAUGUCGGACGAGGGUAAAUUGUUCAUCGGAGGACUGAGCUUUGAGACCAACGAGGAGUCUCUGGCCGCGGCCUUCGGCAAAUACGGAACCAUCGAGAAAGUGGAUGUGAUCAGAGACAAAGAGACGGGAAGAUCUCGUGGUUUCGGCUUUGUGAAAUAUGAUAAUGCAGAAGAUGCAAAAGAUGCGUUGGACGCCAUGAACGGCAAGACCCUAGAUGGCCGGGCUAUUCGUGUCGAUGAAGCAGGAAAGGGCGGGCGCUCCAGAGGAGGUUUCGGUUCAGGCCCACGAGGUGGCAGAUUCAGUGGAUCCCGGGGGAGAGGUGGACGUGGUUAUUCCCGAGACUUUGGAGGUGGGGGAUACAACGGCGACAGGAGCUACGGCGACAGGAGCUACGGCGACAGGAGCUUCGGAGGUGGAGAGAGGAGCUUUGGUGGUGGUGGAUACAGGAGUGGGGGAUACUCCUCAGGUGGCUACAGAGAAAAUAGGGGUCAGGGUGGAUAUGGUGACCGCUCUGGAUCCUACCGCGAUGGAUAUGACAGCUAUGCUACACACGAGUAAACAUCUCCCUGAUUCAAGAUCAUCACUUGGCUGGCUGUAUUUCAAAGAUGCGCUCCUCAAGAAAAAUGUCCACGUGUUAUUGCUGACCUUAGUUUUGUAGUUCUGUUGUAGUAGCUCAAGCAUCUUAAAAAAAAAAAAAUGUAGCCAUGAGUUUUGGUCAUUCCUUAACAAACCAUGUUACAAAUUACAGUUCAAGACUCUUACAUUGCUCGAUUGGGCAUCUUUAUUGCUCUAAAAAGAUCGUUUAACUACAAGGCAUCUCUGUAAUCUGAUAAGUACCACAAGUCCCCAUUUGGGGGCUCAAACAAUGACUCUCCACUUGGCUUUUCGUUGAACAGCCGCUACCAUCGCUGUAGACUUUUUGUCCAGCACGUUAAAGUGUUUCCUCAUUUAAUUCCUUAGUUUUUGAGUUUGUUUUUUUAUAUUGAAAUAUCCGAUGGGGCUUGUUUGGUUUUCUUUGUUUUUUUUGUUUCAUUUUUUUCUUAUUUCCCCUCUCAGUCUCUGUGACUCGCCUACCUCCUGUCAGGUUUUAAACUGAGUGAGGAAAGAUCCAUUUACUCUAGAAGAAAACUUUUGGGGGAUUUAAUGCUAAAUUCCUUUUUACUAUCAAAAACUUAGUUUAGCUGAGGCUCCUGUGUGUUCAAUUUCCCAAAAGAGUGAAUUCCUUUCAGACUGGUGAACUACACAUCCGAAGUGGCCGGCUGUUCAUGAAGUUGCAAAUUGCAGCAUGCUACAGUCUGUCCAAGGUAUCUUCUGUGCUCUGCUCAACAUCUGCAUUUUAAAUGUGCUGUAAAAUGGACUAAUCUUGUUUAAGUGAUCGAAAAUGUAACUUCGUUUCCCCAAAGUAAUAUCUCAACCGGGAACAGUUUUGUACUUUAUGUUCUUUGUAUGAUCAACAUUUUUUUUUCUUUGUCAGUUUGGCUUCAUGGAGCCUAUUAAACAGACUGUGGAAAAUAA